GGUACAUGCACCUGAUCAUGCAACAGCACUACCUGAAGGACGACGACAUGACGAACGAACUCCGCCCCAUCCUCCGUGCGCAGUCCUUCGUGGAAAAAAAAGAGUACCUAGCUCGUGAAACCUGCAUUCCUCGGAACCGAUCGCUGUCCGACUUGCAAGUACGUGGCGCUGUCUUCCGACGCGGUCCACUGGAGUACAACGGCUGCGGUGACUUUUUGGGUACCACGCCGUGCCGUUCAACGAAGAAAGACAACGUGCGUUGCGGCAAUUGCGGAGAAUACGACCACAUCACGAUCGAUUGCGUACUGUUGGGCGACGACGACGCCGACGAUCAACCGUCGCUGAGUUACCUCCAGAAGGAGCUCCACCGCACACACAUCAUGCGCGAAUGCCAGCACGACGCCGAGUGGGCAUCCCCCUUGGGCAGAAAGAUCAUACCAACCACGAUACCAGAGCGCAUGACGCUUCAGUAGGCAGCAAGACCUCCGUCCACGAUUUGGACAGACAGGCGCGUGUGUAUGUAUAUUUAUUCUAGGGUAAUAGUUAAUGUUAAUGAGAUCAAGCCGCACAUUCCGUGCGCAUUACUACGUAGUA